AUGCCUCGCCGUUAUCUCUCCGGCCGCCCCGAAGACCUCAGAUUGUCGCGCUUCCGUGUUUCGUUGUCUGUGGAUGAAAACUGGGCACCGCUCGCACGUCAAGAUAGUAUAUCCUCUCUUCAAGACGAAUUCCAGCGCGGUGCCACUCCGGUCUUUCCGACGAACGACGAACGGAGCCGCGAAUCCACCCCCUACGAUGAAUACGUAUGCCCAACACCCCCAUACAUCGAGGACGAAGAUCGGUCGAGAGCGUCUACUCCGUCGACCGUAGUCGACGAUACCGAAACUCAUGGGAGGACGCCAUUAACAAACGUUGGAUGGGCUAAGCCAGGCCCCUCGAGUUGCUUCCCUCCCAACGCGCACCCCAUCACGGGCUACAUCCCUCGCGAGGAAUCCUUUCAAUACGGAUCAUCACGCGCGUACACGCCAGUCUACCGAGCGGGUUCGGAGGUGUCCACCGUGCCAGACGACGAGAUUUCGUGGCGCUCACCGACACCCCAUGAUGACCACGCGGAUCCUGCAACUCCACGCCCAGCCUCAGAGGACAGGCGGUCCGUUACGCCGACCUUCAGCUACAGGUCGCCUUCCGUCGUCGUUGACCACGAGAUACCAAUCCCUGAACAGAUGCAGCGCACCUCGUCGGUCUCGCCUCCACUCGCCGCGCACUCUGGACACCUCUGGGAUGACUGGAGAUGCAGAGCGACUUGA